AACAAAGAUGGCGGAGCAGUGUGAUUACGGAACAGAAAUAUUGAACUUGAGUUGUCUUUAGAGCCCGUUACUGUCGUUUUGGCCGGUGUGUGUCGGUGUGAAGAUGGCUCACCGAUACCUGCGGCUGUCAGCCGGCUGCAGGAACAUAUUCCGGCUUUUGCUGCCCUCCAACGCUCCGGCCCGGCUGGUGAUGUGUUCCAACACUGCAGGACAGGUAGACAGUGGGCGGAGCCUGCUGACUGACCUGCUGGGAGUGUACAGGAGACUGAGCUCCAGACCACCUAAAGGGUUUGAGAAAUAUUUUCCAGAAAGUCAGAAAACUCCAAAAAAUACUGAAGCUGAAACAGCAACCAAAGAGGCCAAACCUGCCAAUGCUCAGAGAGCCUCUGGACGGUCAGGUGGUGGAGGAGCAGGAGGAGGUGGUGGAGGAGCAGGAGGAGGUGGUGGAGGAGCAGGAGGAGGUGGAGGAGGAGCAGCAGGUGGAGGAGGUGGAAAAAGAGGAGGCCGUAGGGAGGAGUCACACUGGUACAGCCGUUUGCAGAAGGGCGAUGUUCCCUGGGAUGAUAGAGAGUUUCGGAUGUAUGUCCUGAGUGGAGCUGCGUUCUGGACAACUGUCACAUAUUAUUUCUUCUUCAGGGAUGGAGGACGAGAGGUCACUUGGAAGGACUUUGUCAACAACUACCUGUCCAAAGGAGUGGUGGACCGGUUAGAGGUGGUCAACAAGCGUUAUGUCAAAGUUGUUUUCUCCCCUGGGAAGACGCCGGUGGAUGGGCAGUAUGUGUGGUUCAACAUCGGUAGCGUGGACACGUUUGAGAGGAACCUGGAGACGGCUCAGUACGAGCUUGGCAUCGAGGGAGAGAACAGACUGCCAGUCGUUUAUUCAACGGAGAGUGACGGCACGUUCUUGCUGAGCAUGCUCCCCACUGUGCUCAUCAUUGGCUUCCUGCUGUUCAUGCUGCGGCGGGGCCCGGCGGGGGCAGGGCGUCCUGGGCGGGGGAUGGGUGGGCUGUUCAGCGUCAGUGAGACCACGGCGAAGAUCCUGAAAGACGAGAUUGAUGUAAAGUUCAAAGAUGUGGCAGGCUGCGAGGAGGCCAAGCUGGAGAUCAUGGAGUUUGUCAACUUCCUGAAGAACCCCAAACAGUACCAGGACCUGGGUGCCAAGAUCCCCAAGGGGGCCAUCUUGACGGGUCCUCCAGGAACAGGAAAGACUCUUCUGGCCAAAGCAACGGCCGGUGAGGCUAAUGUACCGUUCAUUACUGUUAAUGGCUCGGAGUUCCUGGAGAUGUUCGUGGGCGUCGGCCCCGCCAGGGUCAGAGAUCUGUUCGUCAUGGCGAGGAAGAAUGCCCCCUGUAUCCUCUUCAUUGAUGAGAUUGAUGCCGUUGGGCGUAAACGAGGGAGAGGAAACUUUGGAGGACAGAGUGAGCAGGAGAACACGCUGAACCAGCUGCUGGUUGAAAUGGACGGUUUCAACACAGCAACCAACGUCGUGGUCCUCGCAGGAACCAACCGGCCGGACAUCCUGGACCCCGCUCUGAUGAGGCCCGGACGCUUCGACAGGCAGAUUUACAUCGGUCCUCCUGAUAUUAAAGGUCGAGCGUCCAUCUUUAAAGUUCACCUGCGUCCUCUGAAGCUGGAAGUCGACUUGGACAAAGACGCUCUGGCCAGGAGGAUGGCCGCUCUCACACCUGGAUUCUCAGGCGCUGACAUUGCUAACGUUUGUAACGAGGCUGCUCUGAUUGCCGCUCGCCACCUUUCAGACGCCAUCAGCCAGAAACACUUUGAACAGGCCAUCGAGAGAGUGAUCGGAGGUCUGGAGAAGAAGACUCAGGUAUUGCAGCCGGAGGAGAAGAAGACGGUGGCGUAUCAUGAGGCAGGUCACGCCAUCGCCGGAUGGUUCCUGGAGCACGCCGACCCUCUGCUAAAGGUGUCCAUCAUCCCUAGAGGAAAGGGUCUGGGUUAUGCUCAGUACCUGCCUAAAGAGCAGUACCUGUACACCAAAGAGCAGCUGCUGGACCGAAUGUGUAUGACUCUGGGAGGCCGAGUCUCUGAGGAGAUCUUUUUUGGACGCAUCACGACCGGAGCUCAGGACGACCUACGAAAGGUCACCCAGAGCGCCUACGCACAGAUCGUUCAGUUUGGGAUGAAUGCGAAGGUGGGUCAGGUUUCCUUCGACCUCCCGCGGCAGGGUGAGAUGGUUCUGGAGAAACCGUACAGCGAAGCUACGGCCCGUCUCAUCGACACCGAGGUUCGAAGCCUCAUCAGCGAGGCGUACCAGAGAACCCACCGACUGCUGAGUGACAAGAAAGCCGAAGUGGAGAAGGUGGCACUGCGGCUGCUCGAGAAGGAGGUUCUGGAUAAGAACGACAUGGUGGAACUGCUGGGCAAACGUCCUUUUGCAGAGAAGUCGACGUACGAGGAGUUUGUGGAGGGAACUGGAGGCAUGGACGAGGACACAACACUGCCGGAGGGUCUGAAGGACUGGAACCAGGCAAGAAAAGAUAAGGAGGAAAGCCAGGAUGAGCAGGUGGCCCGCCAGAUCUCUGGAGGAAUGCCGUUUUAGAACAUUCUGAUUGAUGGCUGAACGCCCAAAUACUGACUCAUAAAUCUCACAUUUAUUUAAAAUAUUGUCUGUCUGGAGUUCUGCAGUCACAAUGAUCCACAAGGUCUAGAACCUUCUCACUAACUUCCAUAAUAAACUUUAAACUUCUGCACCUG